UUUUUUUCCUCUCCUUUUUUGAAUUAUUGUUAAUUAAAGAUGAAUUACUUUAAAACGAGACCUAACUUUUUGUUAACAUUAAUAAUAAUAAUCCUCAUUAUUGUACCAUUGAUAAAUUCCGAACACGUCAAACGUUUUGAACAUGUCAAACGUUCAGAACAUGAACAUGAUUCUGAACAAACAACUCAUACUCAUACACAUUCAGGAAUAAUUACAAUUCCUCAAGUUAAUGAUCAAGAUGAAUUUUAUAUGGGAGUAGGAAAAAAUCCAUUUUGGUUAAAAGAACAAAAUUUUAUGUUAUGGUUUCAUGUUAUUAGUAUGAUAAUAUCAUUUGGUACAUUAAUUCCUAUAGGAAUCGUAUUAGGGUUCGCCAAUUCAAAAUCAAUUUGGUAUAUAAAUUUACAAAUUAUUGGAAUGUUAAUAAUAAUUAUGGGUUACUUUUUUGGUGUAAUGUUUAAUUCUUCAAAAAGUCAAGAUAUUUAUCCUUCAAAUUUUCAUUCAAAAUUUGGUUGGUUAAUAUUAAUUAUAUUUUUUUUACAAAUAUUAAUUGGUUUUAUCAAAUUCUUUUUUAAUGAUAAAAAUGAUAAAAAUAUUAAGGUUAAAUAUAUAAAUAUUAGUUUAAGUAAUAAUGAAUCAAAUGAUUCUUUAGUAACAAGUGUUGAUAGUUCUUCUGCAGCAUCACAUGAUAUAGAAUCAUCAUCCACUCAUGAUAAUUCAUUACUUGAUUCAAAUUAUCCUUCAAAUAAUUUUCAUACAAAAAUUCGUUCAAAAAUCCUUUCUAUUUUACCUUCAUCUUUAUUAUCAUCAAAAAAAUUUUUUAAAAUUUUUUAUAAUUUAUUAAGUUUAAUUUUAAUACUUUUUAUUUAUAC